AUGUAUCUGCUCAUACUUUUCCAUAUUUAUAUAUUCUGUUCCUUAAUAUCUAUUAUCUAUCUAUCUAUCUAUUUAUCUUCAUCCUGUUAUUUUUUUUCUUUCUUUGUUUCUUUCUUUGUUUCUUUCUUUCCCAGUCUUUUCAUAUCUAUCUAUCUAUCUAUCUAUCUAUCUAUCUAUCUAUCUAUCUAUUUUCAUUCUGUUCUUUCUGUUAUUUUGUUUGUUUGUUUGUUUCCCAGUUUUUUCCUAUCUAUCUAUCUAUCUAUCUAUCUAUCUAUCUAUCUGUCUGUUACAAUGAGUGUUUCUUUUCAUUCUUUCUUUCUUUCUUUCUUUCUUUCUUUCUUUCUUUCUUUCUUUCUUUCUAUGAUUCUGAUUUGCUUUUACAUUUUCUUUCCAUUUCUUUUUCUUUCUUACAUUAAUUCUUUCUUUCUUUUUUUCCUUCUCCAUUCAUUCAUCAUUCUUUCUUUCUUUCUUUUUUUGCAUCUGAUUUGCUUUUUCAUUUUACAUCCAUUUCUUUUUCUUUCUUACAUUAAUUCUUUCUUUCUUUCUUUCUUUCUUUCUUUCUUUCUUUCUUUCUUUCUUUCUUUCUUUCUUUCCAUUCAUUCUUUCUUUCUUUCUUUCCAUUCUUUCUUUCUUUCUUUCUUUCUCCAUUCAUUCAUUCUUUCUUUCCUUUUUCUUUCUUUCUUUCUUUCUUUCUUUCUUUCUUUCUUUCUUUCUUUCUUCAUUCAUUCAUUCAUCAACAGCAAGAUAACUGACGCGAUCAAACUAAAACUUCGAUCCCGUUUUCAAGAUUGUCCCCCCCACACACACACGUGCGCGAGCGCUCACACACAUCUAUAUGCUCUGUUAAUAUCUAUCUAUCUAUCUAUCUAUCUAUCUAUCUAUCUAUCUAUCUAUCUUUUACUUAAACUCUCCUUGAGUGUUGCCAGGAACUUAAAACAAAAAAUAAAUCAUUGGACAAAAGACAAAAAUGAAAAUGAAUCUAUCUAUCUAUCUAUCUAUCUAUCUAUCUAUCUAUCUAUCUAUCUAUCUCUGACUCUCUUUUCUCUCUUUUUCCUCCCUUUCUUCCUCUCCUCUGAUUCUCCUUUCCUACCCUAUUCAUAUUCUACUGACGAAAUGCUGGGAGAUUGGAGUGGAAUGGGGGAGGUGACUGUUUUCUUUCUUUUUUUCUUUCUUUCUUUCUUUCUUUCUUUCUUUCUUUCUUUCUUUCUUUUGAAUAUAUUUUUAUUAUUUCGGGCCAGAUUCAUAGUUAUUCCGAAUGAUGACGUCAGAUGGACAGGGUGCAUUUGUGGGUGCACAUCAAAUUCUUUGGCAUAUACAUAUCUAUUUAUCUAUCUAUCCAUUUGUUUACCGAUGUCUAAAUUUAAAUAUCUAUCUAUCUAUCUAUCUAUCUAUCUAUCUAUCUAUCUCUUCAUGUGUAUGUCGGGUUGUUAA